AUGCGUGCUUGUCCUCGCGGAUUUUUGCGGAUUGAAGACAUUCAUGCGCCUACGCACUCUAUUCUUCAGGCUUUGGAUCCAUUUUUAUCUCAACUAGACUUACUUAUUUUCGUCUGCCAGCGCACACCUGUUUCGAAGGGUAGUGUUCGUGCUCUUAAGGGCGUAGGCGCUAACAUCAGCAUUGCGGUUGAAUGUUUUGCCAAAGCUGCAGAAUCUGUUGUGGCUGGUCACAAUGAUCUUGAGCUUAAAAUGGCUGCCGCCUGCGUAGAGGUUAGUUUAAUUGAUAAUUUUUUAUUAUGA